AUGGCGCUCGACCCCACAGAGCCGCAUCUCAGACGAGUCGAAAGAGAUGCUUUGAUCCCUAAAAUAAUGAGAGAAAAGGCCCGAGAGAGAUGUUCUGAACAAGUUCAAGAUUUCACUAAAUGUUGCAAGGACUCUGGAAUCCUUGUGGUAGUAAGAUGCCAGAAAGAAAAUUCUGCAUUGAAAGAAUGUCUAACUGCUUACUAUAAUGAUCCAGCCUUUCAUGAAGAAUGCAAAAUGGAAUACCUGAAGGAAAGGAAGGAAUUCAGAAAAAUUGGAAUUCCUACCAAGAAAAGGCUGAGGAAGCUUCCCACAAGCAUGUAGGCAAAUAUUCAAAUGAUACUCAGGAACGCCAAUGUUCAUGGAAAUCACAGUCACCUGAAAU